CGUCCAAGUCUCCUUUGCUUGAUUGGUUGCUCCCCUUGUCUUUCGACAUUGACUAUAUGGCAGGUGUAAGAACGCGUCUGCUACAACUCACCCUACCUUUAGUGAGGUCCCACGGCUUCACCCGACAUGCGCUAGCACAAUCAGUGCUGGCUUUGCCUGCUCCACAUCCUGAACCUCUCUCAGAUACAGCUGUCUCAGCUCUGUUUGGAGAAGGUGACGAGGCAAGGCGAACACUCAUUGAAGCAUGGCUGGACGAAGGACGGAAGCAAAUGAGACAUGCACCAUCUCGGAGCAUCAAAGAUGUCCUCGCAGCUAGGUUGAGAUACAAUGAGUCUGUUGUUGAUCUGCUUCCCGAGGCCUUCGCGACUCUUGUAACUCCUGAAGGCAUUCCAUUCGUCGACCCCAGGCCCGCUUUAAGUCAUGCUGCCAAAGUGGCAGAUGAGGCUUGUAAUGUCGUAAAUGACCAAUCUGUUGGCCCGUCAUGGUAUGCCCGACGAACGUCGAUAGCUGCAAUCUACACUGCCGCAGAACUACACCAACUAACGUCACCAAAGACAGCAGAGGAUUUCCUUAGCAGCCUCCUGGAAUCAUCCACUAAGGUGGAGUCUGCAGUGAGCGAAGCGUCCCAGUUCACAGACUAUAUAGCCAAAAGUUGGGCAGGUAUUAUUAAGAGUCGUGGUAUCAUUUAAGCACUCCGUACCCCGGAAUAUGUGCUCGGAAUAUUGCGUAUUGUACAUGCUAAUACACAAGACAAGACCAAGACCAAGGCUUGAUAAGAUCGAACAUUCGUAGCCCCACCGGUUCUCUAGCAGUGA